CCUUGAAAUCAUAAAACAAACAAAACAGAAUCGAAGACCCCUUUUGUUUUGACAACACAAAAACCACCUUCACCAACAACCCCAAUUCUUCCUUCUCCAGCCCCAUCAUCAUCCCACCGCCUCAAUCCAACGGUCCCUUUUCAUUUCCGAUCAUCAUCGCUCCCUCCUUCAAUUUCAUUUCACAAUUUACGGCGUCGAUUUCGAAUCGGAAUCCAAACCCUAGGUGGUGGCGAGGAAUUGAAUCGAAGAAAAGCAAGAUCAGGGUAUUGGAAUUCGCGGCGAUUGCUGAUCUGGGUCGAUGGCGGAUUUCGAAAACAGGCUCGAUUUGUCUUCCCCGAAGCCGUCCUUGUUCUUCAAUCGCUCUAUAACCAUGUACGCAGAGCCGAAGAAGGCCCACCACGCGCUCGACCACGCCGGCUCCUUCAAGAAACUCUACAGCUCCAUGGAGACCAUGCGUUCCGCCAGCAGCUCUUUUAAAGGAAAGGUGAAGAAACUUUGCAGCUUUUUCGAAACGGACAAGCUUCCGCCGCCUCGAAACGUUUCGGAGGAGACAACUCAAUCGCUUGGGAAGCAGCUCAGGCCGUCGAAAUCGAUGGUGCAUGCAAAGUCUCUGGGGCCGGAUUUUCGGGUGUUGUCGAUUAGGCUGCCGGGGACGGAUGACAGGAUUGUAAUGUACCUCACUAGCUUGCGUGGGGUUCGCAGGACUUAUGAGGAUUGUUAUGCUGUGAAGAAUAUAUUCCGAGGGUUUGGGGUUUGGGUCGAUGAAAGGGAUAUUUCCAUGGAUUCGGCUUAUAGGAAAGAGUUGCAGAGCGUUUUGGGUGCCAAGAAUGUGAGUUUGCCUCAGAUUUUUAUAAAGGGGAAAUAUGUGGGAGGUGCCGAGGUGAUCAAGCAGCUGUUUGAGACCGGAGAGUUGGCAAAGAUAUUGCAAGGGCUUCCCAUUCGGAAACCUGGGUCUGUGUGUGGGGGUUGUGGGGAUGCCAGGUUUGUGCCGUGCAUGAAUUGCAGCGGGAGCAGGAAGGUGUUUGAUGAGGAUGAUGACACGCCCAAGAGAUGCUCCGAGUGCAAUGAGAAUGGUUUGAUUCGGUGUCCUAAUUGCUGUUGUUAAAGUUAUUAAAUGCUGCAAUUGCCUCCUGCAUAUUUUAGAGGCUGUGUCUGCUGUUGUUGAUAAAAUAAGCAAUUAAACAAGGUCGAGAAUAGUUGAUGGGGAUGCAAAUGUCUCUUUGGUUUGUGGUUUUUUCGUUUUGGUGUCUUCAUUGUUCAUCUGUUGGGUACUGAUGUUCAUUCACUCUUUGGACUGGACCGCAUUUUGAAUAAUAAUUUAUAUUAUUCAAAUGCGCAAUAUUGGUACUGGUAUGUCUGAUUGUAUUACACAGUUGGGAGAGGUACAUCUGCCGUCCCGGAUCUUAAUGUAAAUAUGUAGUACUAUAUUAGCAUUGCAAAGGGUUGCAAGCUGAUGAAAUGUAUUGAGAUUGGAUAUAGUCAUGCCCUAAUUUCUUUUGUUUUAU